AUGGAGUCAAUCAAGCAUAGAAAGAACAGUGAAACGUACACGUUCACUACACCUGCUGCUGAUUCUUCGAUCGAGAUCUUGAAUGAAUUUUAUUGGACUCAGGAACUGGAACCACACGUUGCUAGGAGGAAGGCUAUAUUGAAAAAGUAUCCUGAGGUAAGUAAGCUCACAGGGUAUGAACCUAUCACCAAAUGGUACGUUUUGGGGGUGGUUGCCUUGCAAUUACUGGUUGCCUACUACUUAAGAAACACAUCACCGAUCUCAUGGAAAUUUUUCACUCUCGCGUACGUAAUUGGUGCAACAUCAAACCAAGCGAUAUUCUUAGCGAUACAUGAAUUAUCACACAACUUGUUGUUCAAGAAACCGUUACACAACAAGCUCUUUGCCAUCUUUACCAACGUCCCCAUCGGAAUCCCAUACUCCGCCUCGUUCCAACCAUAUCAUCAAUUGCAUCAUAAGUUUCUCGGAGAUUCCUUUUUGGACACAGACUUACCUACUAAAUACGAAGGUAUUUUACUUUCGAAUGUUUUGGGUAAAGUUUUCUUUGCAACAUGCCAAAUCUUCUUCUAUGCGUUGAGGCCAAUGUUUAUAACACAGAUCCAAUUUACUUAUAUUCAUUUAUUUAACAUAGUAUUUCAGAUCUCCUUUGAUGUGGCACUUGUAAAGCUAUCCGGGUGGAACUCAUUAUCAUACUUCAUUAUGAGCUCUUUCCUUGCAGGAUCAUUGCACCCAUGUGCUGGGCAUUUCAUUGCUGAACAUUAUGUGUUGAACGAAGAGAACAAGCCAAGAUCAGCAAAGGAGUUGGACAAUCAUGUAAAUAUUGCUCCUGAAUUGUUGCCCAUGGAAACCUUUUCGUAUUACGGACCAUUGAAUGCGUUGACAUGGAACGUUGGUUACCAUAAUGAACAUCACGACUUCCCAUACAUCGCGUGGACAAAAUUGCCAGAGUUACGUAGAAUUGCGGCCGAAUUCUAUGAGCCAUUGCCUCAAAUUAGCUCUUGGUGCGGAGUAUUGUGGUGGUUCUGCUUUAACGAUAUCAACACAUUAUGGAAUAGGGUGAAAAGAGUAGGAAAACAAAAGUCGGGUAAAAAGGUCGGGAUCAGAUUAGAUUUGAAUGAAUGA